AUGCUCUUACUGCGUGGUUGCCCUGGGAGUGGUAAGACAAUACUGGCAAAAUCCCUUAAGGGAAAUGGAGUCAUCCAUAGCAAAGAUGACUUCUUUGUGGAUCAGAGUGGAGACUAUAGUUUUUCCUUUGAUUUUUUGGACCAAGCUCAUCAAUGGAAUGAAAAGUGUGCUGAAGAGUCAAUGAAGAAGGGUAUUUCACCAGUCAUCAUUGACAAUACAAACAUUGAAACAUGGGAAAUGGUGCCUUAUGUCCGACUGGCCCAGUUGUAUGGGUAUGAUGUCAUGAUUAUGGAACCUCACACCCCCUGGAAGUACAAUGUGCAGGAACUGAGUCGAAGGAAUAAGCAUGGAGUCUCUCGUGCAACAAUCAGGAGCAUGCUGAAACGAUAUGAGUCCACUACUGUAGAGAAUCUUCUGGAAAGGGCAUCUGCAAAGAAUGGAGUGGAAUCUAGUGAAGAAAAAGAUUGUGUUGCCUCACUUGGCCUUUUUCAAACUUCUGAGAGCAGUUCAUCAAGUCAGCGUUUAGAUAUGAGUGAUCCAUGGCAGGUGGCCAGUGGUUCUGCUGGAUCAAAUAAAAGUGAUGGACCUCUUCCACAGCAUGAAGCAAUCAGAAACAAAGAUCUUGGUGUCUCUGCCAGUUUGAGCUCAAUGUCAGGAGAUACAGAAGUUCUACGGGACCAGUUUAGCAACAUGGGGAUUUUCUCAGCUGAGCAAAGUACAAAUAAAUAUGUGGAAUCAUGGAUACAAACCAAUUUUGAUAAGGAUCCAGAAACAUCAUGGUUGAGUGACACUGAGUCAUUAGAACAGAUUAACAAGAACCCAUUACCACCAAAUCGCCCAUGGAUCCCAAAAUUUCAACGGAAAAGUGCAAGACGCUCUGCAACUGAUAGAAUCCAUAGGUCAGCUUCAUCUGGAAACUGCAGUCAUCCGAAGGAUAUUUUUGUGCUUUCCCAUGAGAAGUCUUCCAGCACAAGUUGGGAUUGUGUACCAACCCCAGGCAUCAGUUGGGAGGAAUCUCAUGUGUCGAAGGGCACUGGGAAGCAUCCAUCUCAAUCCAGCAGUGCCCUGUCAGACUGCCCAUUGCCUGAACGAAUCAAGAGUUCAAGGACUCAGAAACCCCAGAAUUUUGAUUCGUCUGAGGCUUCACUGUGA